CGAGUUCGGAAUACUUAUUUUGAUAACGUUAAUACCCAAGUUUUAUAUGGUAUAUAAUAAAGCUGCAAAUAGCGUUAAUAAUCAAUGCUACCUGAAGAUAAAUAAAGUCAUUGUGACGAUAGAUAGAAAAAAAAACCUUUAGAACUUAAAAAAGAAAUACUUCUGUUUGAAUAUAUAGGGAAAUCUGGACUGACGUUUUUAUUCUGCCUUGUUCCUAAAGGCGCUUGAUAAUGGUUUAAUUAAACGAUUUUGAUGAAUUGUUGUUUAAAGAGGAAUUAACGUGGAAUCGUUAUAAAUUAUUUAACAGUAGUAUUGCAUUUUUAUCAGACAUUAAACUGUGACAUAUUUUUCUUUUUAUAACACCUGGACUUUAUGCACUGUUUUUCUAUUGAUGAUAAAAAGAUAAUAUAUUUAAUGUUUUAAAUGAUCGCUAACAUUGAACAAAUCAAACGCUUGUGGAUAAAAUUACAUUAUAACGUUUCGUCUUUUGUGAUGUUUCAAAAAUACGGACCAAAGUGACACUUAAACGCAAUUUGCACUAAUGAGGAAUCUUUAUGUAGGUAUGAAAGCCUUGAAUCACAGAUCUUUUGAGAAGUUUUCAAUUGAAACUCCGUAGUAUCAUGCAGUGAGAACUAUUGGUUUCGUGUGAUUUUACAUACAGAAUAUGAUGGGCUUUAAUUGAACAGGAAUUAACGGGGGCUACAUGAAUAGAUAAGUAAACACUUGUGUGAAGAUGUUUUCAAAAUGUUUAAAAAAUAAAGAGUUGACAUAACACUUGAAUUAUGUUCUAGUCGGUAAAAUAUGGGAAAAGUUAACUGGUAUAAACAUUACAGGUUUUAAAAUAGUUGUUGUACUUGGAUUAAACUAAAUAGUAAAAGAUGAUCUACGUUUCCAUGCUACGGACAAAUCGUUUUCUAUUGGGAGACGUAAGAUAAAAGGAGAAUUGUAAGUGCUUAUUUUAAGUAAUGAGCUUCUAUCUGUUGGUAGAAAAGCAAUCUUCCUGUUUCUAGACAAGACUUGGUACAAUAUUUUACGGUUUUUGUCGUUAUGCACACGUAAAAUCCGUGCAAAAAUAAUAUAAAAAAACAUUGAGAUAAGAGGAAAUGAUUAAAAUUUAUUAUAACCUUUGAUGUUGAUUGCUUUCAUGUUACAUUAUAUAUGGAUUAAAAUUCCGAUGUUUUAUUCACGCUUGAAACAAAAGUGAAAAGUGCACUAUGACAAAGUUCGGUUACCCACCCAGCGUAUCAGCACGAGAAACCACGCCGCGGUACGGAUCUUUAUCUACCCCUGUGUCGAGACUCGGGUCUCAAACCGUUGGAAAAGAGACCAAAACUCCUAUCCAUAGUGCCCAAAGGAAGGCUGAAAGAGACCGAAAAUGGCAGUUAAAAGGAUGGGAAGCCGAAACUAACUCAGAGGACGGUUUAACGGGAUGGAUGAAAAGGAAAAAUAUUUUGGAGUCCAAAAAAGGUGUGUCUGAUACUAGGAAAAGGUCUCCCAGAUUAGAUACAGAUUAUUACAUACCAGUUAAACACAGAUGUCCAGGAAUAGAAGAUCUGGAAUUAUUCAGAAAAGAAAGCCUUCAUAUUGUCUUCCAGCCCACAUCUGUACCAGAUAAACCUAUUGCAGAGGAUUCACCAGGUAUCAAACUUAGAUACACAAAUAAAGAUGUAACUCUUGCACCUGGUGGUUUUGUAGAUGGCAAUACUGGUGAAAACGAUAUAGAAAAAACUUUGAAUAAAUUCAGAGAAUCAAAAGCUACCAGCACUGAUGGCCUUCAUGAAAGACGCAGUAGAAGUGUGCAAGACCUUUCUAAAAAUCAGCUGGAAAGGACUAACACUUAUCUUAAAAUCAAAAGAUUAAUAAAAUUUUCGACAAAAGAACGUCCUCAAACAAAAGUGGACGAUGAAGAGGAUGAAGGCUAUUCAUCAAAAACAUCGAGUGCAGAGGUAAAGAAGGAGCCUGAGAGUGACAGUGAAGAGAACGGACUAGACAGACUGGAACGACAACGUAUGUUCUCAAGUAUGGUUGAUCUUACUGAACUGCCAUCACAUUCUAACGAAGUAGGAGGAGGUAAUUAUCAGAUCAGGGAUUCACGUGGAAUCGAAGAUGCAAAAGUCAUCGGAGAAAGUCUAACUAGUCGUGUUAAAUUCUCAUACACACAUCAACCAACAAUUUUACAACUGCCAGAUCCUGAUGUGAAACUAAGUCCUGAUAAUUUAAGAGUUGAAAAACGUAUAGAGAAUGAGGAUACAAGUUGGUCAUAUGCAAAACUUAAACGAGACAAGGAAUUAAAUCGGUGCUAUAAACCUGAACUUCUACAACAAUCGGAGGACAGUUCUAUAUAUGAUCUAGAUAAUUUAAAACCAGUGACAUUAGUGCUAAGGAAAAUAAGUAUUCAAAACGCAGAUGAAAAUAUGCCACCUGUUGUUCAGGGAAAUAAUAUAGAAAUAAAUUCAUCUGAAAAUACUGUAAGCCCUUCACACAAUAGAUCAAGUAUGGGUACAAGCGUAGGGUCUAGAGUUGGGUCAGCAUUAUCUAGAGAUGGUUCAAUAUCAAGAAAUGGUUCAGUUAAGUUUGGUGCUGGCUCACCUAUGCCAAUGUUGGUUGGUUCACCAGCCCCUAUUCCAACAUCACCACAGAACUUGUCUGCACAGAACAAUACAAGUAGAUCUUCUCAUAGUAGAAGAAGUGGUGGUGGAAUUACUCGCGUAAAUUCUGCUGUCUCUCAAAAGGAACUUUUGCACAAAUCUCAAAGAAGUAAAAAUGUAAGAGAUGUUCGAGUAGUUAAUGAUGAAAAACCAAAAGAACCCAUGUGGAGUCAACAAUAUUCAUACAUUGACAGACAAACAAUUGACAGACAGGCAACAAAUUAUUGCAUAGGUGACUUACUACCUGCUGUAGAUAAAAACAUUUAUACCAACAACUCUUCAAGGACUAUGUUUAGCAUUAAACCUGAAAAUGAUAGAAAAAAGGAGGAGUUGACGACAACAGAACUUCUUGAUAUGAACAUACAGUCAGUGGAUGAUGGUUAUAUUCUGUUAAAGAAAGGCAUGGAUUUGUUGACCGGGAGUGCGGAAAAGUUGCGUAACAAGAAAAAGACUUUGUUUAUCAGAGAUUGGCAGCCCACCCUUGGACCUCCACCUUUCCGACCUAACCAAUCACGUCAUCCACUUAUGCGUAGUGUGACAGUCAUUAUAGAUAGCAAAACAGACAGUGGACACAGUCAUGCUCCAAUGCUUGGCCAAUCAGGAAAUAAGACAAUAAGAGUCAACUCCGAUAAAGGACCAAGGUUCAAUAUGGUAGAUGAUGAUAGGGAGACUCAGAAGAAAUUGAAAGAUGCUUUUAGUAAAUUCUACAAAAAUAGACCAAAAGAAAUAGGGAAAGAGUUUAGAAAAAUGGAGACAAUGUGGAAGACAUGAUAUAUUGAACAGAUAAUUAAUUUAGGAAUUAAUGAUAUAUUAGAAAUAGUUAAAAUAUAAUAAAGUGACUGAACCAUGCUUCAGAAUAUAAGGAUAAUGAAACCAGUAUCAGAUUUGUGAUUGGUUAUUUUUAUAAAAUUGUGCUCUGAAUCAUUUCAGAUUUCAAAACUUACUUAUUAUAUAAUAUGUGUAUUUAUUAGCAAUUGUGGUGCAAAGUUGCUUUAUGCAUGAAAGUAUCCAGUGAAAAUUGUUUUAUUAUGGCCCCCACUAUAGGGGGGCAUUUAGAUUUACCCUUGUCCAUCUGUCCAGCCACCUGUCCAUCCAGUUUUUUUAUGUCGCAUGUAGCUAAAAAAAUAUUUGACCUAGUCAUGAAACUUUACAGGAAUAUUGGUCAGCAUGUGCAGUUGUGCACCUGAUGUUUCGCUAGUAGCUUUUUUUUCAGUUUUGUUAGAGUUAUGGCCUUUGACUUAGAAAAAAUUUACAAUUUUCAAAUUAUGUCACAUAUAACUCAAAAUAUAUUUGACAAAGUCAUUAAACUUUACAGGAAUGUUGAUCAGCAUGUGUAUAGUUGUGCACCUGGGUGAUUGCUUUUAGAUUUAUUCUGAAUUUGUAGAGCUAUUGCCCUUGACUUAUUAAAAAUUUGCAAUUUUCAACUUGUGUCGCUUGUCACUCAAAAAGUAUUUGACAUAUGGUCAUGAAACUUUACAGGAAUGUUGCUCAGGAUGCAAAGUUGUGUAAUUGAAGUAUUGCUUGUGUAUUAAUUCUGCUAUGUGAGAGUUAUUGCCCUUGAAUU